UCUGGUCACAUGAUUUCAGUCGACAACAAUGACAGCUGGGAGAUUCCAGCUGAAAACAGGAGCUCUGCUUUUAAUUUUUAAAUUAUGUUUUUACACGAGUUCCCAACGGACUGAGCCGCAGGUAUGCGGUUGGUGUCGUGGUUCGGUCGUAAAUGACUCCGCGGUGGGUCAAUUCUGCGACGCGUCCGCGGGUCGGACAAAAGGACGCUGCUGUUUGAGAAACGACAGCAACUUUGACGGUGAACGCAUCAUCGGGUUGGACCUCUCAAACUGUUCAUUAACUCAGAUUGAGGAUCUUCCGGGAGCAUCAACAGCUUUAAUAAUAGACCUGUCACUCAAUCCAAUUGUCAACAUAAGUGACUCACUGUUUCAAGGAUUCCUUGAUUUAAAUAACCUGAUUUUACCAGCAGACAUACCGUGUCCAGGGGGCAACUUCUCCUGGAAUAAAGUAGAAAUUAAAGACGGAAAUCAUCUUUGCGAAGGCCAGAAAAAUAUGUGCAACCAAACUGGACAGCUGUCUGCUAACUGUCCUCAGAACUCCCUGUGUGCCCCCUAUGGCCCUGGCUUUUUCGAGUGCAGCUGCACUGACAACUACCACGGAUACAAGUGCUUACGAGAGGGGGAGUUUCCAGCUCUCCUGGUGUUUGUACCUCUUGGGGUGUCUACGUUGGUCAUCUCAUCUUUGCUGUGGGUCAUUGAGAGGCGUAAGGCCAAACCGGUCUGACCCCCUGCAGGCUCCCUUUGGUGGGCUGCUUGUGUUUUCAUUAAGGAAAAUUUUUAAAACUGACAGUAUACUCAUAGUGCAGUGAUUGAAAAUGGAUUUAAACAGCAACUU